AUGGCGGAACCUCAAAUCGCGUACGCUCAAGACGAGCAUGGUCGACCGUUCAUCGUGGUGCGAGAGCAAGGCAAGAAAACGCGAGCGCAAGGCAUUCAAGCUCUCAAGAAUCACAUCUCAGCAGCCAAGUCUGUAGCCCAGAUCGUCAGGACGUCAUUAGGACCUCGGGGAUUGGACAAGAUUCUGAUCUCGCCCGAUGGAGAUAUUCAAGUGACCAAUGAUGGAGCUACGAUUAUGCAGAAUAUGGAGUUGGAGAAUCAGAUCGCCAAGCUCAUGGUCCAGCUCAGCGCGAGCCAGGAUUCGGAGAUUGGAGACGGCACUACUGGCGUAGUAGGUGAGUCUGUUGCGCUCAGGCACGUUGUGCGUCUACAUGCUGACAUCGUUCUACCCACUGGCCUUUGAACAGUGCUCGCUGGUGCCCUGUUGGAGCAUUCAGAGGCGCUGCUGGACAGGGGCAUUCACCCCAUUCGGAUCGCAGAUGGCUUCGAGAGGGCUUGUCAAGUGGCCGUCUCUGCUCUUGAAAAGGUCGCUGAUAAAGUCGACUUUGGCAAAUCCAAGGGCGAACAGGUGGAGCUGCUCAAAACGGCAAAGACGAGUUUGGGAAGCAAAAUGUAAGUCGUAGCGGCUUGGCGCUGCUGUGUGGAUUGGCUGGCCUCUACAGACCGUCUAUGCAUGGCAUGCGGCUGACUUUUGGUCUCUCUGCCCACAGCGUCUCGAAAGCUGGAGACCUCUUCGCCAACAUUGCAGUCGACGCUGUGCUCUCAGUGGCCGAUCUGGACCGCAGAGAUGUCGACUUUGAGCUCAUCAAAGUGGAUGGUAAAUCCGGCGGCUCACUCGAGGACACUGCCCUGGUCAAAGGAGUAGUGGUGGACAAAGAUUUCUCUCAUCCACAAAUGCCUCGCGAGGUUCGUAACGCCAAGAUUGCGAUUCUGACGUGUCCAUUUGAGCCACCUCGACCCAAGACGAAGCACAAGCUGGACAUUACGAGUGUCGAAGAGUACAAAAAGUUGCAAGAGUACGAAAAGACGACGUUCGAGGAUAUGAUAAAGAGGGUCAAGGAUUGCGGUGCUAACUUGGUCAUCUGUCAAUGGGGCUUUGACGACGAGGCCAAUCAUUUGCUGUUGCAGCACGACCUGCCCGCUGUCAGAUGGGUUGGUGGACCGGAAAUCGAAUUGAUCGCUAUUGCGACGAAUGGAAGGAUCGUGCCUCGCUUUGAAGACCUCAGCCCCGAGAAGCUCGGGACUGCUGGUCUCGUCAAGGAAGUUGGAUUCGGCACCACUCGUGACAGGAUGCUGGUCAUUGAGGAAUGCGCCAACCCUCGCGCAGUCACUGUCUUCGUUCGUGUGAGUAGUGUAUGUCGCACAAUACUGCAUGUGUCGUGUAUUCAUCUCUGCUUCAUCUAUGUGCGCUUUCGACGCAGGGGUCCAACAAGAUGGUGAAUAUCCUCUCAAUACUUGGCAUCAGUUUGCUUGUCCACCCGCUUACCUUCGAACGGCUACCCUACAGAUCAUCGACGAAGCCAAGCGUGCUCUGCACGAUGCCAUCUGUGUGGUCAGGAAUCUCGUAGUCGACAAUAGGGUGGUAUAUGGCGGAGGCGCAGCCGAGAUUGUCGCGAGCGUCGCGGUAGCCAAAGCUGCCGACGAAGUGAGUUCACGACCUGCCUUCCAAUUGGAGCCACUUUUGGGUGGCUGACCUACCGGCCGCGCUCUUCCGCCAUCAGAUCGCAACGAUCGAACAAUACGCGAUGCGAGCUUUCGCCUCUGCUCUGGACGCUAUCCCGCUAGCUUUGGCAGAGAACAGCGGCUACGCUCCCAUCGAAACUCUGGCAGAAGCAAAAGCUUCGCAGAUCAAUACAAACGACCCCCGCAUCGGUAUCGAUUGCAUGGGCUCUGGUGUAAGUCUCGCUCUCCUCGCUGCUCGCUUCGACCCGGUGAGCCUGGAUGUUCAUCUGAUUUCUUGACGUCACGUCAUCCUACCUAUCCUAGAUCACCAACAUGCGCGAAGCUCGCGUAUUUGAUCCCCUCGUCUCGAAGCGUCAGCAGCUCCUGCUUGCGACACAACUGGUCAGAGCAGUCCUGAAAAUCGACGAUGUGGUGAGUAGUUGCUUGUCUGCGCGAUGCUUCUCGAUUCUCUUGCACGCGCUAAUGGACGCACAUCUUUGUGCUGUGCUCAGAUCGAGCAACAUAACGUCGAGUGA